AUGUCUAUUCCAUUCUGGAAGCCCUCUCCUGCCCCUCCGGCAAUAUUCAAGAACCAACCACUACCAUGGAGUAAUGCCGGCUUGCUGAGUAAAUUGUUGAUCCAUUGGGUGGCUCCCUCUGUCAAAGUAGCUUGGUCAAGAGAUGUAACUGCUGAUGAUCUGUACGACCUAACACCUGACUUACAAACUAAAUUGCUCGGCGAUGAACUCGAAACCAGCUUUAUGAAUCGAGUCCCACCUUCACUGCGACCAAAAAAGUAUAAAUCGCCCAAGAAUACCGACAAUUAUUCCUUGCACGAGUCAACUUCAUCAUCAGAGACAACACCUCUACUCGACAAUGCGCAAAGGCGACACUGCAACUCGAGAUGUAUAUGGGAAAAUGGCAAGAAGUACGAUCAGAGUUUAUUCAAAGCUAUUUAUCUGACUAUAUGA